AUGAAUGACGUCCUCGCCAAACCGGAUGACAUGAACGACGAGCUGUCGAAAACGAUCCGGGAUCUGGAAGCCGGUGACUCGUCUCCCCAGGCCAGCAGCAGCGGCGAAAAACUGUUCGGUAGUGAAUCGUUCGAAAAGACGGCGGAAGAGAUGAUGCAACACCGCAAGCGCAAGCACAGCAACAGGCUCGUCCAGGAGAAGAUCAUCAGUCCCCGAACGGAGGAGGAUAAGCUGUACGGCCAGUUGGAGAUGAAGCGCUACAAAGAAACCAAAGAGAAGCUCCGGCGGCGGAAAGAGGAAGCCAAACGGUUGCGAGCGCGAAGCAUGCUGGACAAGUCGCUAUCCGAUAGUCCCUUCAGUGGGUCCUUUUCCGGGGACGCGCUGGACCGAAGCGCUGCGGAUAGUUCCCUUAUCGACGACGAUCUGGUCGUGUCGCACAAAAUCGUCGACGACAAGUGCAUCGUGGAUGAGUUGGACAUUCUGACCAAGAAGAAAAAGAUCUCCCCGUACGAAGAGUGGCAAAAGGUCAAGCAACGGCUGGGUAAGAAGCGGGCCGCAAAACUGGGCGAAAGUUCAUCGUUUGGUGGAUCGUCUUCGGUGGCAUCGGCCUCGUCGCUGGGAUCGUCCAAGAUUGGCAAGCGGAAAAAGUCCGACCGACUGGAUCUCAAUAGCGACGAGGCUCGCAAGAUUAAGGAGAAGUUCCGCGGCGAAAUUGCCGGCGUAAUUGUACAGCAUUUGGGGGCAUAUCGGAAGGAUUCAUGUCAGACCGGACGAAUCACCAAUACGGAGGAUUUCAAGCAUUUGGCUCGAAAGGUGAGUGAAUCCACUGACAAACGGAUUUGUUGGAAGUUAACUAAUAUCUGUCUCUCCCCCGCCCUUAGCUUACUCACUUUGUUCUGGUAA